UCGGAACUGAGGUACCAAAAGCAGAUCUUACAUUUCAACACCGACAUGAAAUUUGUAGUUCUCAUCGCGCUGGCCUCCGUGGCUGCUGCUGUCCCCCAAGGCUACGGCGCCCCCCAACCCCCUCGUUAUAACUCCGAUGAGAUCGCCAUCUUGAGGGACGAGCGCGUGAUCGAGGACGACGGAAGGUACAACUUCGACAUGGAGACUGCCAACGGCAUCGUGUUUACAGAGCACGGCACUCCCGGAGAGAAGGGAGCCAUCAACAGCGCCGGAUCCUUCUCAUACACCGCUCCUGACGGCACUCCAAUCAGCCUCCAGUUCGUGGCUGACGGGAACGGCUUCCAGCCCCAGGGCGCCCACCUGCCCGUGGCCCCCGAGUUCCCCCACCCGAUCCCUCAGUUCGUCCUCGACCAGAUCGCCUUCGCCGCUCAGGAAGACGCUCGUAGACCCCAAGAACCCUCCGGCAGAUACGGUGCUCCUUAGACGUGGCGUGGGAUGAGACGUGGAUAGUACAAUAAGAUGUCCUGUUAGGUGGAGAUCUGCUUACUCUAUUUAUUUAUUAGCACGAUACAAAACGAAUAAAUAUAAAAUGGAUAA